UAAACUCGAAAUGCAAUAUUGAAAUUUUACUUCUUUCCUGUUUUAUUAAAAAUUUCGCACGCAUUGUGCACGAAUUUCAAGGAUUAUUUACUGAAUCUACUUACUGAACAAAUAAUAUAAAAAGCUAAGAAACCAACCACUAAUUAUCAGUUACAUUACUAACACCAUUUGAAACACAUCAACUUUUACAACCCCCAACCCGCAACCAUGAAGCUAUUCAUAGUCCUUUCCCUCCUCGCCGCGGCCGCGCUCGCCGAUGACCUCUACGACGAGAGCAAGACCAACCUGGACGUGGACGAGCUGGUCUCCAACGAGCGACUGCUGAAGGGCUACUGCGCCUGCUUCCUCGGCAAGGGACCCUGCACCGCCGAGGGGGUUAAUAUUAAGAAGUUCAUCCCUGACGCAGUCCAGAACGCGUGUUCAAAGUGCUCGCCGCGCCAACGCAGCAUGGUGCGCAAGAUGUGCCAGGCCAUCAAGGAGAAGCUGCCCGCGGACUGGCAGGAGCUGGCCGCGGCCUUCGACCCCCAGGGCCAGUACAAGAGCAAGGUCGACGCCUUCCUCGCCGCCAGCGACUGAGCAGCUGAGCUGGAAGAGAGAGAGAGAGAAAGAGAGAUGUUGGGAGGGUUAUUUAUUGGUUGAUUCGUUGGACGUCAUCAUGUACUGUGAUUU